AUACCAAAAACAUUAAAAUUAAAAUUUCUUGACCAAGCACUCGCUUACUUUUCGUUUUAUUCAAAAUUUAAAAGGCAACGAUCGCCACACACACAUCCUAUAUAUAUCCUAUAUCCCCGGGCACAAGAGCAGUGAACCAACGCGACCAGACCAACCGCUUGACAUUGUAUAUGCCAAAAUGCAACAGCCAUAGGAGUAGGAGGAGCCCGCUAACCGUUUUGCCAAACGCAUUUCCAACACCAAGUGUAGCCCCAGGCCCCUAGUCACUGCCGAGACUCCACACACAGCAAGUAAAACUCAAAACAAGUACACACGAGUCUGGAGAAUGGUCAGAAAGCAAGUUGGAAUUGAAAACAACGCAUCCCUAGAAGUAAGUAAGCAGCAGUUGGAGCAUCAGCAGCAGCAGCAGAAGCAGGAACAGCCGGAGCCAGGCCAGCGCAUCGAUAUUGACUUGACGCCGGAUCCGCCUACCAAUUUUGCACAACAGGCCCAUGCCAUCUACGCACCACUGAAGCCAUCGACACUUGCCACCAGCUAUGAGCACAGUGCGAGCCACAACUUCAAUAGUCUGCAACAUGCGCAGCUUGCCAAUAUGCCCUACAACUUUCAGUCGGCACUGCCGCCGCCGGACACUGUCUCCAGCUCGGGCAAUGGCAUACCCAUAUCCAGUAUGCCCACUGAAAUACCAGCGGAGGACGAGGAGCGACUCGAGCGCAUCUUUAACCAGUUGGACCGGGAUGGUGACGGCAAGGUCGACAUACACGAUUUGUCGGCGGCGCUGCACGAGUUUGGCCUGUCGAGCGUCUAUGCGGAGAAAUUCAUGCAACAGUCGGACAAGAACCAAAGUGGCAACGUGGGCUUCGCUGAAUUCCUGCACUAUGUGCGGGAGCACGAGAAGAACUUGUGCCUGCAGUUCUCGCACCUAGACAAAAAUCGUGAUGGCAAAGUGGAUUUGGAGGAGCUAAUAUCCGCUUUCAAGGACCUGGGCCUGGAAAUUGAUGUGGAUGAGGCUAGAAAACUGCUAACCAGAAUGGACAAGGAUGGCAGCUUGAACAUAAGCUUUAACGAGUGGCGCGACUUUAUGCUAUUGGCACCCUCCACGGACAUACACGAUCUGAUCAAAUUUUGGCGGCACUCUACUGAAGACUGGAGUGGGCAGGAAUGGCUGCGUUCGCUAGCGGCCAUAUAUCAAGAAGACGAAGCUGUACGGUACCUCGACAUUGGCGAGGAUAUGAAUGUACCUGAUGACUUCACGCAAAAGGAAAUGCAAACGGGCCUUUGGUGGCGACACCUUGUGGCCGGUGGCAUUGCCGGUGGAGUGUCGCGAACGUGCACAGCACCAUUGGACAGAAUCAAGGUCUACCUUCAGGUUCAAACGACAAGAAUGGGAAUCUCAGAGUGUGCACAAAUCAUGUUGAACGAGGGCGGAUCGCGUAGCAUGUGGCGCGGCAAUGGCAUCAAUGUCCUCAAGAUUGCACCCGAAACGGCGCUUAAAUUUGCGGCCUACGAGCAAAUGAAGCGACUGAUUCGUGGCGAGGAUGCCAGCAGACAGAUGAGCAUUGUGGAGCGCUUCUAUGCGGGGGCUGCAGCAGGCGGCAUUUCUCAGACCAUCAUCUAUCCCAUGGAAGUAUUAAAGACGCGGCUGGCGCUACGCAAGACGGGACAGUAUGCGGGCAUUGCCGAUGCCGCGGCCAAGAUCUACAAGAACGAGGGUGCGCGCAGCUUCUAUCGCGGCUAUGUGCCCAACAUUCUCGGCAUUCUGCCCUAUGCGGGCAUAGAUCUGGCCGUGUACGAGACACUGAAGCGGAGAUACAUUGCCAGCCACGAUAACAACGAGCAGCCCAGCUUCCUGGUACUCCUGGCCUGCGGCAGCACAUCGAGCGCGCUGGGACAGCUUUGCUCGUACCCGUUGGCACUCGUGCGGACACGGCUACAGGCACAAGCCGCCGAAACAAUUACCAACCAGAAGCGUAAGACGCUGAUUCCCCUGAAGAGCAGCGAUGCGCACAGUGGACAGGAGACAAUGACCGGCCUGUUCCGCAAGAUUGUGAAGCAGGAGGGUCUGACGGGACUGUACCGAGGCAUAACGCCAAACUUCCUCAAAGUGCUGCCAGCCGUCUCCAUCAGUUAUGUCGUCUACGAAUACUCGAGUCGGGCGCUGGGCAUCAAGAUGUCGUGAGGUGUUUUCCUACUUUCGAUGAGGUUAACUCUCUCGGCGCUUGCUGGCUGUGGCUGUGCGUUGUCUGCGGUGCGGAUAGUGCUGCUGCCACGGACAGUGCGCUCCAUUUCUGUAUACUACUAGACAUGUGGUAGGGUUUAGGUGCAUGUGGCAAAGGCGGCCGCCACUCGCUCUCUGCUCCAUCUGCCUCAAGAUGGACUAACUGCUGCUUUUCCUUAAGUGUAAACCGGCCGCUUCCAUGGUGUAAUCCUUUACAUUUAUAGUUGAAUUAGUUUUUGGUUAUUUUCUUCUUAAAAUAUUACAAAAUAAGUGAUACUAUGGCUAAUUUAUUUAUAAAUAUGUAAAGUUGAUAAUGUAUAUGAGGAAAAGAUGCCGCGUGACAGACGUGAGCCCCCAGAUCCCAGGCAGUUGCCGUUGUAACUAUUAAGCUCUAAUUUAUUUAAACUCUAUGUACGGUAUAGGCUAUGUCGGAACAAUCCCUCAGUUAAACUGCGCGCAGAAAGAGUAAAGAAAAGAAAACACAAACCAAAAACGAAAGCAGAAAACGGACUAAAACUAGGCUCUGAAUAAUAUUUGAGGCCGCACGCGUGAGUUCGUUUGGCUGAAAUGUGAAAAUCAAAUUGAAAAUGGAUAUUUUUUGGCAGCGUUUAAGGCUUGUACAACAAAAAGACAUUAAAAACUAUACGAUGUACUCGGUUUUUGGCUUACACAAAAUUAUAAGGAAAAACACUUAACGUUUACAAUGUGAUGAUAAUAGUUGUUAAUAUACAUUAUAUAUACAAUACAUACAAACAUACAUAUACCUACUACCUAUUACCGACUAUGUGCGCUUCGGAGAGCUGUCGCGGCUGACAUUUUUUUGUAGCAUUUUAUUUGUUAAGUUUAGCCAAACACUUUUCACUUAGAUCGACACAAAAUGAAAGCCAACGAGAUUAAAUGUGACUAAAAGCUAACAAAUAA